UUAAUCAACAAAUAAGCAGAAUAGCAUCAAGCACGAUUCUACUUUCAUUGACAACGGCAUCAAUGUGUGUCAUUGCAGCCUUUUACUUUAUUUUUAACAAUGUUAAUCCAACAUUUAAUGUUUGUACGUAUGGAGUUAUAGUAAUCGCAGGAAUUGAACAUUUCAUUGCGAAUUAUUAUGGACAAAUGAUAACAGAUGCGUGUGAAAAUUUCUACAGCGAAUUGACUGGAUGUCCCUGGUAUUACUGGGACAAUAGGAACCGAGGCAUUCUGCAAAUGUUAUUAAACUCAUCAAAAACACCUUUUAAACUAAGCUGCUAUGGAUUAUCGGAAUUAGGUUUUCCCCUUUUACUAAGAGGAAUCCGUUUUUGUUACACACUCUUCGCAUUGGUAAAAAAAUUCUAGUGAAUAUGGAAAUAACAAUUAAACAAAUUUAGUCUAGUCACUUAGGUUGUUGUUGUUGUUGUGAUUAUUAUUAUUAUUCUUGUUUUGGAACUCUCAAUAACAAAACAAAAGAGAACAAAUUUGGAAUU